UUCACGCACGCGCCCGAGCCCUAAGAAUGAAUCCACCAACACGCGUUUUGCUAACAGCGUACAUAAAAACGAUUUACUUCAGUCUUCGCUGACAGAAUAACGUGGCAGUAGGUACUUAUUUUGUGCUGAAAAGGUACAGAAGAAGAAGUGUAGUCGAAACGUUAAUUCUUCAUCAGAGUAAGCCAGUUGUUUGGGAGUCAUGAGCUGCCUGUGGAUGGGUAAUGUUGAUCCCUACAUGGAUGAAAAUUUCGUCUCCCGUGCUUUUGCCACCAUGGGAGAACUUGUGGUCAGUGUAAGAAUUGUUCGAAACAAAGCAGACAGGUAUGCUGCUGGUUAUUGCUUUGUGGAGCUGCCGGACGAAGCUACAGCAGAGAGAUGCCUUCGAAAGGUUAAUGGGAAACCUCUACCAAGAUCCAUGCCGGUAGCUCACAUGCAUCCUCUCUGCAUAUUGCUAAAACCAAGAAGAUUCAAGCUAAAAACAGCAGCUUCUGGGAAGCAAAGUGACAUCAGAAACGUGAGUGGGUAUUUUGACUUCAACUGCUCUCAGCCAUACACAUUUGACCACAACCAGUACUAUCAGCAAUUCUCUAACUACUACUCUAACUGGGGAUAUGAUCAGAGUGCAGACCACAGUUCAUAUAACUGUUAUAAUCAGGCCUAUGAAGACACAAGUGAAGAUGAUGGGCUUGAAGACCCAAAUUUAGGCCUGGAUGUGGUAGAAGCAAACCGACAGUUUAUGAUGGACAGUGAAGAGCUCUAUGAUGCCCUUAUAGACUGCCAUUGGCCUGCUUUAGAAUUUCCUGCCUCUUCUGAAUACCGUUCUGAAUAUUUAUAGUAUAAGUAGACAGACUGCAUAUCAUCUGGUUUGGCAAAGGACUAAUGUGGAUCUUUCAGAAUAACCUGUGUGAAGGUGUGAGGAUGAAGCCGUUUUAUGUCCUCUUUUCCAAGGCCUUCAGAAACAGAAGUGAAACACGAGGAUAUAACAGACUUCUGUACUAUGCUGGAAAGGAUGCAACCCACAGACGCUGUGGAUCCUUAUUUUCCCCUCUGCUAUCUUCAUUAUGGACAAACAGUGCAACCUGGUAAAUUAUUUCAAAGCAGUUUGAAGUUCUUUUUGCUUUGAAUCAAUAUGCUGACAUGGUUUAUUUAAGGUGCAGUGAAACACCAGAUUUUGUUCUGGUGGUAUGUUAUAAAGGGUAUUUCGUACUGAAAUUGCUGUUUGUAAAUUCAAAUGAUGUAGUUGUUCCUUUUUUUUUUUUUCCUUUUUUUUUUUUUUUUUUAUACACUAUUUUAAUUAUUGUCAAAAUAAGAAUCCCAUGAGGUUAU